AUGGAGCCCGAGAACGAUCAUCCUGUUGCUGCUUCAUGCUCGACAACUCUAACGCCCCACAAGGCCACAACUUCAGAUGUUAAUGGCGCAGAGGAGCAAUAUGAAAUGCAAAACGGCGGCGUUGAUUAUAAGAACAAAGGGAAGGCUAUACAAUUGGAUUCACAAUCUGACGAUGAGCAACUUGAUGGACCUGCUAGCGAUUCUCAUGACGCAAUGAACAACGAUGAAUCCUUUCCUGGUUUGCUAGACCUCGAAGAAGACGACGAUGAUGACUAUUGUGAUCAUUAUGCCUAUGAGAUCGAGGAUGAACAUGCUGAUGAGUACGUCUCCGAGUAUCAAGCUCUUUUCGAUGCUAAGGAGAAGGAAAUUCCAGCUGGUGUUGAGGUGGCCAUGGAUUGGCUUCCAAACUCUGAAGCCACUAAACCAAGUGGAAGCAGCAAGACUUCACGUGACGAACACUGGAUUAAACCAGAAGCUACAAGCAGCAGCAGCAGCAGCUCCAAGAAAGCAACACUAGGAAUUCAAAUCGAUCUAUCUUCUUUCGCUCUACCGUACAACCCUAAAGGAUUCGAACCAAACUCUUGUAACGCAGUGCCACAUUACUCUGGACUAGGUUUGAAGUAUUCUCCUAUGCAUCUUGGGCUGCCUCAGACUCAAGGUACUGUGAUGGGAGAGGCCUCGGUUCCAGCUCCAGCUUCAGCUUCAGCUUCUUCUGCUUUAUCGCUUCAGAUGAAGAAAAAGUAUCCAGGAGGAUUUUCUACUGCUCGGACUCUUCCUCUAGUGGAAGAGGUUAUCUCAGCUCCAGUUACUUCCAGAGUUAAGAGAAACGUGGAGGAUUAUCUUGGCAAGUACUUGUUUUUCAAGAAGUUUGACAUUGUUGAAGAUUUGGUGGACCACCAUUAUGCUAAUAAGGGAACAUCUUCCAAACAGCAUUCAAAGGAAUGGGCGAAAAGGAUCCAAGAAGAGUGGAAAAUUCUUGAGAAUGAUUUGCCAGAGAUGAUAUUUGUCAGAGGUUAUGAGUCGAGGAUGGAUCUUUUGAGGGCUGUGAUUGUUGGAGCUGAUGGAACUCCAUACCAUGACGGUCUCUUCUUUUUCGAUAUCUUCUUCCCUGAUGCAUACCCUUCUGUGCCACCGUGUGUUUCUAUUGUCUUUCUUAUGUGA